ACGAAUUAAUAAAUAAUUUUCGAUACAAUUCAAUUUACACGAGAAAUUAAAACAUACACAUAGUGAACGGAGGAAAACAAUUGGUCAAAUGUUACUUCUGAUUUCGACCUAAAUCUUUACAAAUGCAAAAACUGCUCUACGAGAGGUCAUAUCGUGCCACUUAAUUAGUAGACCGUUUUUAACGGCACACAGCCACGAUUGAAUGUUCCCGUCAACAACAUGUGAACAGGCCUGGUUUGAUAUAUUUUGACGUCUAUGAAAGAGGUGGAUUUUCACUUUCACAAUUGAAAACAGCUGUUGGGUUAAUGGCGCAAUUUUAUUUGAUGUCUAGCGUAGUAUAACUUUGGUGUAUUUUUCUUAUAUCUUUCAUUAAAGAAUUAUAACAUGACAUUUUGAGUAAAUAGGAUUAAAUAAAAUUGAUAAUGGAUUCUGUGAUAUUAGAUACGCGUAAUUUAUUAUUAAGCCCUUCAAAUAGGGCAAAAAUGAGAGCAAAAACGGCUGCUAUGAAAAUAAAACAUGGAUCACCAAAGUUAAAAGAAGUUUUACGUAAUCGUUGUAAAAUUCGUAUGAAAGAACAAAGAAGUAAGUCAUUUGAUCAAGCUCGAAAAACAGCUCCUUUUGAAUCAAUAUUAUUGCAAGAAUUAGAAGAUUUUGAUUUUGAUAAAGAAUACGAUAUUUAUAUGAAUUGUAAAAGCAAUGAUUUUAAUGAAGCAUCACAAUCAGGAGAAGAUGAUUGGAUUAUGAAUGAAAUUGAUCGAAUUAUAUCAGUUGAUGAAGCUGCUUUAGAGCAAAUGUUAGAACAUAAGGUAAUAUGUCCGAUUUGUCAAAAAGGUGAAUUAGAAUUAAUAACAAAUGAAAUUGCUGUAUGUAUGGCAUGCAACGAAAGUUUACCAGCACCUAAUGGCUUAGAAGAUUUUGAGAGUUGCAUAAAUAAAGCAAUUCAAUUGCAUAAUAAUGCACAAUGUAUGAGUAUACCUGGUUUUGUAAAAUUACCCGAUUGUAUAUCUAAUUUGUAUUUAGUUUGUGAAGAUUGUUCUUGUUUGAAUAAAAAUAAAGCUUAA